AUGGUUUUGUACGACAUAACUAUAUCUAUUUACAGGAAAGACGGCUACAUGAGUGGAAAGCCACGACUGCUUGACAUUUAUGUUUCAAAAGAGGAGCAAUAUGACAAAUUAAGUAGAAGGAUAAACAGAUAUAGGCACACUAUUAAAUAUAAUGAAAGUAACUACAAUGCCUCUAAUUAUCAUAUCAAUGUAUAUGAUAAGAACGCUCUUUAUUAUAAGUACUUAUUGAAAUACUUUUGUCCCAAAAAAAAAGUUAUAUCAAUUGAUCUAUUUUUUGCAUCAAGUGACUAUAAAAAUACAAAUCCAUUGGUUUUAGGUAUUAACCAUGAAAAUGAAGAUCCUGUGUAUUACACAUAUACAUUUUUGAUUUAUGACACAGCUCCAAAACUACUGUAUAAUGCUGACUUUAGCAAUUUACCUAAUCCUUCAGAAUCAUUUAAAGAAGAGGAUUUGAUAACAAGAUUAAUGGUAGAGCACGAUCUAUAUUUAAGAAGAAAUAAAGGAGAUAGGAUGGUUAUAAUGCUGAAUACUAAAACAAGUAAUGAAGAUAAAAUUACAUAUCCAAAAACAGGAGGUAGUAAAAAUAGAAUAACUGUUUCAAAAUGUCAAAAUUCAGGGUCUGAAUAUUUUGAUAAAUAUGAACAUAAAAUUGAACCGAAAUAUUGUCCAUCAACAUUUUAUCUGUGCUAUGAUAAAAAUACUCUAUUUGUUGUACAUGGCAAAAAUUUCAAAGAUCUUAUUUGUGCUGAUGUGUAUUAUAACAAAUAUUAUGGUAUCGAACCGAUUAUUUUAGUAUUAAAAUCCAAAGAUGUAAACAAAUUAUAUAAAUACUCAGAAUUAAAAAAGGAUUUUAUAAACUCUAAUAAAAAUAAAAAUACAAAUGAAUUGGAAGAUUUUAAAGAAAAUGAUGUUAUAAAUAAACUGAAAGAAGAAAAUGACAAAAUAAACCCCGAUGUGACCUAUUUAAUAGAUAAAAAAACCAAUUAUAGUUAUAAGGUCAAUGUCGAAGAACGAAAUGAAAAUGACUUAAAUGGAUUUACCAAAUAUUGUCAUACGCCUGAAAGUAGUUAUACAACUGUAAAAUCUUUAAUACUAUUUGGUAAUAAUAAAUUAGUGAAAAAAACAAUAAGUGGUAAAUAUGAAGAAAUUAAAGAAAUACAGGAAUUAACAUAUUCUUAUAUUGAAGUUUUUUUUGGUUCAAAAAAUGAUAGUAUUCCUUUGAUUAUUAAAUUAAACAAAUCAGAAUCAAAUAAUCAAUAUUAUGUUCACAACAAAGAUGAUUCAUUUUACUGGGAAGAAUGGAAUUUUCAAUCAAUUGUUGAUAAUAGGGAAAUAUUAAAAAAAUUAAAAGAAACUGAGUCAAAUUUAUUUGAUUCAAUAUCUUUGCUAGUUGACUUUGAUAAAGAAUAUAACAAAAAUGAUGUAGAAAGUAAAACUGGUUUUAAACCUACUGAAUCUCAACCAGAAACUAUAAAAGUUUCUGAAAAUAGUAGUUUAGAGUGUCUAAAUAAAUUAAAUUACAAGUGCUAUGAACACAGUUUAUUAUAUAAAACUGAAUCGGACUUGUCUGAUAUUGAGAACCUUAAAUUGAAGUUGUUUAUAUCCAAUGGAAAUUACAAAUAUGGUGAGAUAACUUUGUACAACACCGAUGAUCCAAGUGACUUCAAUAAAGAGUAUAUUUACUAUAAAAAUAAAAAAACUGACAACAAUUAUAAAGAUAACUUUUAUGUAUUUUUUUAUUGUGGGAACAACAAAGAAAAAGGAGAUCCUAGGCCAGUACUAUUUUGUUAUCAAAAUAAAGUAUACAGGCCCCUAAACCUGGAAGAAUAUAGUAAGAAAUGGGUUUGUGUGAAAGGUGUUGAUUUUAAAUCUGAUUUUUGUACAAUUCCAAACCUCUCAGAAACACUCAAAGAAGUAUCUUAUUUCUUGAACCCUGUAAAUAUAGAUGAAACUACUGAUAGAAUAAUUGGGAAUUAUAAGAUUACUAACAGAUAUACUACCCACAAUUUUAAUAAUAGUACUUCAGUUCAAAUUACUAUUAAGCCCGAAGAUUUAAAUUGUUACAGAAAAUACACUCAUAGUACUACUUCUGGUUAUAUUUUGGGAGAAAUUGCCCAUAAUAGAGGUAAAUUGUUUGAAAGCUAUGAACAAUAUACCAAAAGCCUAUCGAAUAGUGGCACCGUCAAAUUUCCAGAUAAUGUCUUUGUAUAUUAUUAUUUGUAUGAUAAAGGACAUAAUUAUCCUUUGUUAGUAGGCUUAAAGUUUCCUGGCAUCCAUACUAACUACUUUAAAUUAAGUUCGAAAGAUAAGCCUUUGAAGUGGGUUAGGAUUGAUGAUAGUCAGGAAUGGCAACUGGCGAGUAAGAAUAUUGAAAAACUUCUGCACAAUAUUAGGUAUAACCUAGGGAUUGAGUAUGAGAAUAAAAAGGAUAAUCUCAUCAUUGAAUCUGCUGAUAAGUGUAAUGAACGCAGCAAUGUUGGUAUUAUAGCUGGUGUUAUCUCUACAAUCGUUUUAAUCGCCGGAGGUGUUGCUGGUGCUGCUUACAAGUUUCCGGAAUUUUUCCGUUCUAUUUACAGUAGAAUUAAUUAA